AGAAGAGUGAGUAUACAUAAUAAUAAAUAUAUAUUUCAAUCCUACACUCAACACAUAUAAUUUGGAAAAACAUAUUUAAAAACGUUUUAUUAUCUUCAUAGAAUAUGAGAAACCGUAAAAGAACCACUGAAAGGGGUAAGACACUAGCACACAUUAUGCUAAGGGCUGCAAGAGAGGUCAAAUUAAAUAAUAAAUCCAUUAGAGGAGCAGGAACCGAUUACGAUAUCCCUGAAAAAACCCUGAGACGAUUUCUGCAGAAAGUCACGGAUGAAGAGCUUUAUGGCACUAAUGAACUACCUACAACUGCAGUCGGCUAUAUAAAAAAUAGACAGGUUUUCUCCGACGAACAAGAGAAACAAUUAGAGGAAUAUACUUUGAAGUUGAGUCAUUAAUUUUCAGAUAAUGAUUGUAGAAGGAAGAUAAACCAAAAUAUGUGUGUAAAAAUAAAAAAAAAUUAAAAAAAAAAUUUUUACCUUGUUUUAUAAAGUAUCCUCCCGACAAGUAUUUCAGUGCGGACCUGUAUUUGAUCGUGAGGUCCCCUGUGAGGUCUUAAGUCACCUGAUUCACGAG